UUAUUUCUUCUUCUAUUUUGAAUUAAUCCUUGAGAAAAUAAAAUAAACGCGAACAUGUCUAAGAUGUCGACGACGAAAAAGAAUAUGCUCGACGGCAUGUUCACAGAAUCAGGAAGCUUCACCUCCAACGGAAGCAUGAUCGUUGUGAGCAACAGGUUGCCGUUCGUGCUGAAGAGAAACGACCUCUCUGGUAAACUGGAACGAAAGGCCAGUGCCGGUGGUCUCGUAACUGCGGUAGCACCUGUCGUAAUAAGUGGAAAUGGAGUUUGGGUCGGAUGGCCUGGCAUGCAUAUGGAAAAUCCAAAUGAACCGAUUCCAGAAUCGGAUCCUAACGAUCGUACGCCAACUGCCGGCCUCUUAUCUCGUAAGGUUGUUGCCGUACACGUAGAGCCUGGUAUCUUCGAUUCUUACUACAAUGGAUGCUGUAAUGGGACAUUUUGGCCGCUAUUUCACUCGAUGCCAGAUAGGGCAACUUUUAUCGCUGAACAUUGGCGUGCAUAUUCAACCGUCAAUGAAGAAUUCGCAGCCAAGACUGUCGGUGCUUUGGAGAUGGUUCACAAAGAACAAGCGAAUCCGACAAAUGGUACUCCUCUUGUCUGGAUUCACGAUUAUCAUUUAAUGUUGGCGGCCAAUUGGGUUAGACAGGCUGCCGAGGACAAAGAUCUCAAACUUAAAUUGGGUUUCUUCCUACACAUUCCAUUUCCACCAUGGGACAUUUUUAGACUUUUCCCAUGGGCUGACGAGAUACUUCAGGGUAUGCUCGGUUGCGACAUGGUCGGCUUCCAUAUACAAAAUUACUGCUUGAAUUUUGUUGACUGUUGUCAAAGGAGUCUCGGCUGUAGGGUUGAUCGUAAAAAUUUGUUAGUUGAACACGGUGGUAGAACCGUACGCGUUAGACCACUCCCAAUCGGCAUACCUUUCGAUAGAUUUGUUUCUUUAGCUGAAACAGCUAAUAAAGUUAUGCUGACCAAUCAGAAAAUUGUUCUGGGAGUCGACAGACUCGAUUAUACCAAAGGUCUUGUACAUCGUUUAAAAGCCUUUGAAAUGUUGUUAGAGAAACAUCCUCAACACCGUGAACAGGUCACUAUGCUGCAAAUUGCGGUACCAUCAAGAACGGACGUAAGAGAAUAUCAAGAUUUGAAACUCGAGAUGGAUCAAUUGAUAGGAUGUAUUAAUGGACGUUUUACGACACCCAAUUGGUCACCCAUUCGUUAUAUCUAUGGUUGCGUUAGUCAAGACGAAUUGGCGGCUUUCUACAGAGAUGCUGCCGUUGCUCUGGUUACUCCAUUAAGAGAUGGCAUGAAUUUGGUAGCUAAGGAAUUUGUUGCUUGUCAGAUAAAUACGCCACCAGGUGUUUUGAUAGUAUCACCUUUUGCUGGUGCCGGUGAGAUGAUGCACGAGGCUUUGAUAUGUAAUCCUUAUGAGAUUGACGAGGCUGCUGAAGUGAUUCAUCGGGCUCUUACUAUGCCGGAAGAUGAGCGUACUUUAAGAAUGAAUCAUUUGCGCCGUCGUGAAAGAAUUUACGAUGUUAAUUAUUGGAUGAAAUCUUUCCUUCAAGUAAUGGGCUCACUCGAGGAACAUGAUUCUGUUGGUGCUACGACGAUGCAACCGGUAACAAUGGACGAUUUUGACGAUUACUUAAGCAAGUCCCCUAGGUACAUCGGCCAUAAUCACAAAUUGGCUCUACUAUUGGAUUACGACGGAACCUUGGCACCGAUUGCUACCCAUCCAGAUUUGGCGAUCUUGCCGUUGGAAACGAAAAAUGUUUUACAAAGGCUCUCCAAUUUGUCCGACGUUUACAUUGCCAUAAUAUCCGGUAGAAACGUGAAUAAUGUUAAAUCAAUGGUUGGUAUAGAAGGUAUCACUUAUGCUGGUAAUCACGGCUUGGAAAUUUUACAUCCUGAUGGAAGCAAAUUCGUUCAUCCUAUGCCGGGCGAAUUUGAAGGAAAAGUUGCCAAUCUUAUGCAGACUCUUCAAGAACAGUUGUGCAAGGACGGUGCAUGGGUAGAAAACAAAGGAGCCUUGUUAACGUUUCACUAUCGUGAGACACCAAUGGAAAGACGCCCGGAAAUGGUGGAUCAGGCUAAGAAAUUGAUCGAGGACGCUGGUUUCAAAGCAUGUUCAGCGCAUUGUGCCAUCGAGGCAAAGCCACCAGUCGAAUGGAACAAAGGACGAGCUUCCAUUUACAUCCUUCGGACAGCUUUUGGUUUGGAUUGGAGCGAACGAAUUAGGAUCAUUUACGUUGGUGACGAUGUCACCGAUGAGGAUGCUAUGAGAGCGUUAAAGGGUAUGGCAGCAACCUUCCGCGUAGCUUCGUCUCACAUUAUUCGUACAUCGGCAGAAAGACGUUUGCCAAGUACAGAUUCCGUUUUGACUAUGCUAAAAUGGGUCGAGAGACAUCUUAGUAAGCGUAAACCACGUAACAGUACCGAUAUUCAAUCAUCAAGAUUUCGGCGCAGUAGUGCAGGUAUCACCAUGGAGAUGUCAUACACACCAGAAUUAGAAUCGUAGGCGUAAUCUUUAUUAGUAUGUAAAUUGUUUUCAACAAAAUAUGUAAGUGUGCUGAUCUGAUAUCUAUGACCAAAUUCGGAUCAAUGUCGCCAGGCUUAAAAAACACAAAAAAAAAACAUAAUGUACUCUUACCAUAUAGUAAGGAUAAAUAUGAUAAAUGAUGAGAGAGAAAGAAGGAAACAUAGAAAUGAAAACGAAAAAAAAGAAAAAGGCGAUAAGUAACAAGUAUCUUGUCUGUAAAAAAAAAAAAAGAAAUAUAACAAACAAAGAAAAGUAUGCACGAUCUAUAGAUCGAUCGAUAUCGAAGAGACUGUAAUUUUGUAGAAACGUCGAUCGUUUACAAAAAAAAAAAAAAGUAAUCCUUGUUCCUUCAUUAUAAUUUUCACGAGUAUACGAUCACAAACUUCCGCAUGUGUGUGUCUGUGUGUGUGUGAUGACGAUACAUAAAAUAUAUUUUACAUAAUACAUAAAAGAGAUACAAGUAUAGAAAAUUUUAAAAAUUUAGUUAUAAAAUGGUAUUGAAUCUGUCAA